GUUAUCCUGUAUUUUUUUAUUCAUUUAUUUUUUCUAUUUUUUGUUCAAUCCGUAUCAUACUCGCUAGUCGCUAGUCGCUUUGCCACGCUUGAGAAAGCACUUCCAUUGAUGUAAAUCUGUGCCAUACCGGCCCUUAAAGCCGAUGUAAGAUACUGUACCGUCAAAACUUUGUAAUUUUCUUUUGAAAAAAAACAAGGUUUUGGUUUUUCAAGGGAUGGUCAAGAUUUCCCGUCGGUCACUCUUUGUGGUGUUCGAAAAUCCAAACUCAUCCUGAUAUCCGCCACCCUCUAUUAAAUACAGCCUACAAAGUCUGCGUCCUUUGUUCUUGUAUCUGUAGAUUUCUUUCUUCUUCCCUCCAGGGCCGAGCCAACAUGUCAGGAGGUCACACUGAAUUGCCUGAGCAGAAACACGCAGUAUCUCCAUAUGAAGAGGCCCUGGAGGCGCUCUCCUCUUUGAUUACUAAACGUACUCGUGCGGAUCGAUCCAACAAGGGAGAUCGAUUCGAUAUACUGUUCGAUUAUUUGAAGAUGCUGGAGCUGGAUGGUCCAAUUUCUGAGAUGAAGGUUAUUCACGUUGCUGGCACCAAAGGGAAGGGAUCAACGUGCACGCUUACCGAAUCUAUACUGCGGAAUUGUGGAUUCCAUACUGGGCUUUUCACGUCUCCUCAUCUCAUUGAUGUCCGAGAAAGAUUCCGGUUAGAUGGAGUGGACAUAUGUGAAGAAAAAUUUUUAGCUUACUUCUGGUGGUGUUGGGAUAGACUGAAGGAAAGAAGUAAUGAAGAUAUACCGAUGCCUACCUACUUCCGCUUCCUUGCUUUGCUUGCCUUCAAGAUAUUCUCAGCAGAGCAGGUAGAUGUUGUUAUUUUGGAGGUGGGAUUAGGAGGAAAGUAUGAUGCGACAAAUGUGGUACAGGCACCAAUAGUGUGUGGAAUAUCUUCCCUUGGGUACGACCACAUGGAAAUUCUUGGAAAUACCCUUGGAGAGAUUGCAGGGGAGAAAGCUGGUAUAUUCAAGCAUGGAAUUCCAGCCUUUACUGUGCCACAACUUGAUGAAGCUAUGUCUGUGCUUGAGAAGAAGGCUUCUGAGCUGGAUGUACCUCUUCAAAUAGCACCCCCAUUGGAUAUCAACUUGCUGAAUGGUCUUGAACUUGGGCUUCAUGGAGAGCACCAGUAUCUAAACGCAGGUCUUGCAGUUGCUCUUUGUCGUACUUGGCUCCAAAAGACUGGCUAUUUUGAAGGCAUGUUUCUGGAUGAGAUUAGUUCAUUGCCUGAGCAGUUCAUCAAAGGGCUUACAACAGCCAGUUUGCAAGGACGUGCUCAGAUUGUCCCUGAUCCAUAUUUCAAUGGUGAAAGCACUGGAGAUCUAGUUUUCUACUUGGAUGGGGCUCAUAGUCCUGAAAGCAUGGAAAUGUGUGCAAGGUGGUUUUCUCUUGCUAUUGCAGAAGGUAUCCAGCAACAAAACCCCUUGAAGGAGCAGCUGCAGGAUAAGUCUAGAGGUUCAAAUGAUCUAAUGCGGAAAUGCCAAAAGGAGGACUUAAGGAAAAACUCCAAACAGAUACUGUUGUUCAAUUGUAUGUCAGUGCGAGACCCUCAGCUACUUCUUCCACGCCUUAUAAAUGCUUGUGCUCAUCAUGGAGUGCACUUCCAGAAGGCCCUUUUUGUACCAAACAUGUCAAUGUAUAACAAGGUUGGCUCCUACACAGUGCCACAAACUGAUCCUCAAGUGGAUUUAUCCUGGCAGCUGACACUACAAAGAGUGUGGGAAAGCCUCAUCCAUGGUAAGAAAGUAGGAGGGGAUGACAAAAACACAGACUCUAUCUACGAAGAAGGUAAAGAAGAUAAAGAAAAGUAUCUCAUGAGUUGUGAAAGCAGUUCAGUGUUUCCCUCGCUUCCAUUAGCUAUUAGAUGGCUCAGGGACAGCGUCGAACAGAAUAAAUCUGUUCGUUUUCAGGUCCUUGUAACUGGUUCUUUGCACCUUGUGGGGGAUGUUUUGAGAUGUGUUAAGAAGUGAGGGAUUGGAUUAAAUUGAACUUCCAGGUUUGUACUGAAGCAGGUUCUGGUGAUCCUUAUCAUAUGAAUAACAUCCUUGGAUCUUUCUUAUAUCUGUGGGAAUUUUCUUCUUGGGGUGUGGAGGUACUUCCCUUGCUAUGCAGUGGAGUUGAUCAACUCCUACUUGGCCUUUUGAUUGUCAGAGAUUCUUUUUAGUAAACUAAUUGGUGGUAUGUAUUCCUUAAUGAUAUCUUUAAUGUUCCA